AGUCAAACGUGGUAUCUAAAAACAAAGUAAAGACGCUUUUAUGUGUUGGCAAAAAUUAUAGACGUGGAGUUAAUGGGCGGCCUAUGUAAGUCUCACUAGGGUGCCCUACAUUGGCUCUGUCGACCGCAGUGCCUCAUGUCAAGUUAAAUGCCAAGAGGACAACCAGAAGCAGAGGAAACGACUAGGCUACCAUGUUUCACUCUUAACGUUUUAACUACAAUGUUUCCUUUGGUGAUAGUGGAACUGCAACUGUAACCAUACAUGUAUGUAAGUGUCACAACGGGAGAACGAAUAUGGACUUCAAAGAGAAGCGAGGUGAACCGAAGGUGCCAUGUAGCAGCCAAUGUUUUGGCCAGCAAGCUUACACGGCAGGGGAGUACCAGGCCAUACAGGCUGCUCUCAAACAGAAACUUGGUCCUGAAUACAUAAGCACUCGUGUGGCCGGUGGGGGCCAGAAGGUGUGCUAUGUCGAGGGCCACAAGGUCAUCAGUCUUGCCAAUGAGAUGUUUGGGUAUAAUGGCUGGUCACACUCCAUUACUCAGCAGACUGUGGACUUUGUGGACCUCAUCAAUGGGAAAUUCUAUGUUGGAGUCAGUGCAUUUGUGAAAGUACAACUGAAGGAUGGCUCAUUCCAUGAAGACGUUGGCUAUGGGGUCAGUGAGGGACUGCGCUCGAAAGCCUUGGCUCUGGAGAAAGCCCGAAAAGAAGCCGUUACUGAUGGACUUAAAAGAUCUCUCAAAUGCUUUGGAAAUGCCCUAGGCAACUGCAUCCUUAAUAAGGAGUACCUCAUUGCCAUCAAUAAGAUCCCUAAACAGCCCAAGUCUCCCUUAGACCCUGCUCGGACCAAGCGGAGUGACGACGAGCCGUCCGUGGAGCAGGCCAGGUAUGCCAGCCUGGUGCGCAGCGAAGUCCAGCAGCGCUCAGGGUCAGCAGCAGCAGCAGCAGCUGCAGCAGUGGAGAUGCCCAAUGAGGCUGUGGGCACCAAGCAGCAACCAGUGGCAAUGCAGCAGCAGCAGCAGCUGCCGGAGCUACCUCUGGAUGACAAGCGAGACGUCAGCAGAACAUCCCUUUCAGGAAACGCCGUUCCUCCUCCACUGCCUGCUCCACCAGACUCUGACAAGAGAGCCAACAGCACGUCCAACACACCUGUGGCUGGUGCGGGUGACACAUCUGUUGACGCCAAGCUGCAGAGGAAGCUGAGGCAGCAGCAGCUGCAGCAGAAGUUCCGUCUGGAAAUGGAGGCCAGGAAGGAACAGAUACAGCAACAGCACCAGCAACCUCCACAUCCACAUCCUCAUCCUCAUCCGGCUGGCCAGGGGCCCGCUCAGCCCUCCCAUGCGCAGUCAGGCAUCGUUCCUCAAGACACUGACGGUGGAGGAAGAAACAUUAACGCACUCCACGCAGUCAAGUGUCAGGACGAGUAUCUUGCUGAUGAUCCAGAGCUGUGGGACUUCACUCUUGAUGGUAUCGAGCUAUUGGACCAACCCCCUCACCACACCACCACCACCACUCCCGGUCCCACUACGCCCAGAGGGAACCACAAGAUGACGACACGUAGUAAGACUCCGACACAGAGAGCACCUUGCCUUCGGCCGCCAGUUCAACCCCAGGGCAAUGGAGGGCAUGCACACUACGCUGGACACCACUCCAAUCCAGGAUUCAAUCAAACAAGGGAUGGAGUGAGUCCACAAAGACAAGGUCAAUUUAUGAAGAAACGAAGGCUUGAUUCUUAAAGGACUGUUUUUACGUUGUUCUUAGUAUAAUUGGCAACACUUUAUUUUAACAGGGCUUUAAUUACCGUGUAAUCUCUCAAGUAUAAUGGAAUAACUGGUCUAAUAACAUGCAAGUACAACUGUAGCACAUGUUAUAACAUCGUUCUCACAAUGCAUAUUUUUGUGUAUCUAGGGUGCUUUGGGCCUCAGAUCAGCCUUUUGCCUCCCUGGAAGAAUUCAUCAUGUUGUCAAAGAAUUAUAAAACCACUUAAUGGUACAUUGUGGCCAUUACUGUCCUUAUGGUACGUAGAUACACAACAUAUGAUGUAAUAACGUACUACAGUUGUACAUGACACCAGUUUGUCCACUGCACCUAAAUGGUAAGUACACUGUAAUUAAAGACCCAUUAAAAAAAGUGUUACCGUAUAUUUUUUUGUAUUUUAAUGUUUCUGUUUGCAGUUUUAAAUUAUUAAAAAUUUACAUUUCUUUGAAAGUU